UGUGCUGUGCGAUGGCUCAGUCGCUCGAAAAUCGUCGGAAGAGUCGCUUCAUUGUUUUAACGAUCGGUCUGUAACAACAUGAAAAUCGAAUGGGCUCCUCUACGAGUUCCGCUGCAUCGGCGUCUCCAGACUCUGGUCACAGCUUUCUUCACCUAUACCUUCUUCACGCUACCCAUUACAUCCUGGCUCGCAGUUGCUAUCCUGCUGUUUUACGGUGGACUCCUUCUGCGCAGUCUACUUUUAGUAUAUUUUGUUAAGAUUUACUUGGACUACAAAUACAACUUCUGCGCCAUGGAGGGAAAUGGAUGGUUAUAUUACCGCAGUAUUCGGAGAUAUCGGAAUUAUUUUCCCGUUGAACUUGUUAAAACCGCUGAGCUGCCGCCAAACAAAAAUUAUAUGAUAGCUAGCUUUCCACACGGAAUUCUGGGAACUGGAGUUUGUAUUAACAUGAGCCUGGACAUUAGAAAAUGGCUGGAGCUGUUUCCCCAAGUUCGACCAAAGAUUGCCACCAUGGAUCAGCAUUUUAAAACGCCCUUCUUACGAGAUUUAUUACGCUGGUGGGGAAUGGUGUCGGUUGCCAAAGAAUCCCUGGCUUAUCUACUAAAUAAGUCAAAUGAUCCCAAGCAUGAGGACAAUCGGGAUGGUUUUACGUCCAAUGCGGUGGCUGUUCUGGUUGGAGGAGCUCAGGAGUCCAUGGAAUCCCAUCCCGGAAAGUAUAUUUUGACCUUGAAGAAUCGAAAGGGAUUUGUCAAACUGGCCAUUCGAACGGGCUCACCGAUAGUGCCAUCGUUUUCCUUUGGAGAGGUGGACAUUUUCGAUCAGGUGGACAAUCCGCCGGACUCCAAGCUCCGUCACUUUCAAAACUUUGUUAAGAAAUUCAUAGGCAUUUCACCACUUCUACCCAAGGGUCGUGGUAUGUUCAACUACAAUUAUGGAAUCCUGCCCUAUCGCCGACGUAUUGUUCAAGUUGUUGGGUCUCCCAUCGAUGUGAUAAAAAGCGAUAGUCCCGAUCCCGACUAUGUGGAGAAGGUCCAUGGACAGGUGUGCGAGGCUCUGGAGAAGAUGUUUGAACAGUACAAAGAGAAGUAUAUUCCGAACUCCCCGCAGAGCAGGCUGGUCAUCCAAUAACUUUGGAAAAUACCUCAGACAAUGUGAUUUUCAAUACAAUUAGGAAUCUUAAUUGAAACGCAACUCAAGACACUGUAGAUUUUGUUUGAAGAAAGCGCUUGUUUUGUUUUUUCAUUUUAUUAAUUACCAAUUAAAUUUUUUACCUCGUA